GUUAGGUUUAGGCAGCGCUGUCCAACCCUAUUUCCUUCGAUUCUCAAAUCCUGGUCCUGUCUCGUGGUUGGGAAUGGCAAAGGUUGGACGCGGCGGCGGCGGUGGCGGAGAUGGCGGUUUCAUGCAGGGCAUGGUGCUAGCGCCGCCGGCCUCCCCUCCGAAUCCCAUAGUUCUCGUGCAGGCCCGCCUUAAGGAUCUCGAGAUCGGUUUCCGCGGUUGGCUUGCGAAGCAGUCCAUCGCUGUCGAGGCUGCCGUCGUCACGGCUACCAACGCCGCUCAGGGCGCUGCCAUAGGAGGUCUCCUUGGCACCUUGACCUCGGAUCUAUCCUCCGCUCUCCCCGCAACGCCCAACAACGUCGCCGGGCUUAAUCCGGAGGCCAUGGCAUCCUUUAAGAACGCUCAGGCUCUUGCUGGUGGUCCUUUGGUACAAGCUCGUAAUUUUGCAGUUAUGGCGGGUGCAAAUGCUGGCAUAUCAUCUGUCAUGAAAAGAAUCAGGGGUGUGGAGGACGUUCAAAGCAGCAUGGUUGCAGCUUUUGGUUCUGGAGCAUUGUUUUCAUUGGUUAGCGGAGUUGGAGGGCCAAAUCAGGCAGCUAACGCAGUCACUUCAGGACUUUUCUUUGCACUUUUUCAAGGCGGCAUGUAUAUGGUGGGUCAGAAAUUCACGCCUUCCCCUACAGAGGAUACACAUUACUCACAGACGAGAGGCUUGCUAACUAGCCUUGGUCUUCAGAAAUACGAGAAUAAUUUUAAGAAAGGAUUGCUUACAGAUAAUACUCUGCCUCUUCUUACAGAUAGUGCACUUAAAGAUAUCAAUAUUCCACCCGGACCUAGGCUUCUUAUUCUCGAUCAGAUACACAGGAACCCAGAGUUGAGGAAGGGGAGCUGAAGUACUACCCAGAUGCAUAUUUGAGCAGUUUAUAUUAUCCCGGUUCAUCAAGAGUUACUCUUUGUUGUUCGUUAUAGAUAUAGUAGUUCUUGUUAUCCUCAUUUGGUCAUUUUGCUUUUACCUUUCGUUUAUAAUAAGCCCACAAAAUGAACUGAAUCUAUUCUUUGCAUUCUUUUUUCCUAUGUUGAAGCACACUGCACCAUAAUUAGAGGGAGGAAUGGAUUCUCUGUUUGCC